CGCUGCUAUGACUGUAACUCCCCCAUUGGCGCACGCCUUUGGUGUGGUACAGCUGCAGGAGCGAGAGGCUGGCAUACAAGGGAGGGAGAGUGCCAGGGACGGGUGACCAAUUCGCCAACAAGGUUAGCCCUUUGUAAUGGUUAUGAGGACUGAAAUACCUACUUUCCGCCUGGCGUCUUCUUUUCCUAUUUCCUUUGCUACUGUUCUUCUCCAUCUUGUGGCGUUAGGGGCAGGUACGGGUGCGUUUCAUGUGAUGUGGUUACGACCGGUAAAGGGAACUGAAAUUGAAGUUAUAAUUACCGAAAAGGAAGAAAAAGAAGCAGCCAAAAGAGGCAUUUGUGGAGUACGACCGUCGCUCCCAUAUUCAUCCUUAUCAUCGUUGCGGUCUAUUCUCUAAACUAUUCAGGGAAGUCUCUGGCGCCCGCAGGCUCCGGUUUGUGGGCCGCUUCGACGAGCCGAAUUCUAGCUGUUUGUGUCGGGUCGUUUCUC